AUGUCUGGCGAUCCCACCUCACAUCCCUUCCCCCGCAGCCCGGAUAUUUCAGCACAGUCCGGCUGCCACCACCAACCCAACCGAGAUCGAAGACCUCACACAGGCCCUAGCAGCCCUGACGAUCCAGCCGACAACGCCACAGAAGCGCAAGCACGCCCCUCCCGGUCCGGUCCGCCAGACCAAGAAGCGACGAAAGCUCAGCGGCAGCCCCGUCGCUCUCCCCGGUUCGCGGAUCCGGGGCACGGCCCCGCAUCGCACCUCGAUUCCUUCGUUUCCGAGAAGCCUGCUGUCGCGGAGGACGGCGUACGUCCCGUCGACGGGCCUGCGACGGGUGACGACGCCGCUGGCGAGGCGGUAUGCUGUUGA